AAAACAUCGCGAGAGUACAACGCGAACGGAAGCCGCGAUCGUCAACAUUACCUGUCAGUGAAAUAUAUAUUGUUUUAAAUCCAAAACAUAGAAGACUACACGAGAGGUUGUUUUUUUUUUUUUUUUUAACUUUAUGUGUUAUUACGAGAUACACAUUAAGCAGUCGGGGUUUAAUGACAUUUGACUGUGUCGGAGUUGUCAUUGCGAUGUUAUCCGCCUCGGUUGGCGGUGAUGUUUAGACUGACUGGUGUCUUCAGAGUAGGGCUCAGGACCGCAUGCACCGCCGCCGAGGACAUGGCGAAGGGCAAGUUCUUCUACGCUGUGAAGAAAGGAGUCAAACCAGGAGUCUACAGCUCAUGGGUUGAAUGUAAGAACCAGGUGAACAAAUUUCCAUCAGCUUCUUACAAGAAGUUUGAAUCAGAGAAAGAUGCCUGGGCGUUCAUUAGAGGAGUGGACCUUUCUACACCUCCAGAGGCGAAGACAGUGGCUCAGGCUGUGGAGUCAGACGUCAAUUUGCUUCCCAAAAGAGGCCCUGAACCUCUAGAAUACAUCCCUCUUGGUAAGAAGAGAUGUCACUCCGACAAGGAGGCGGAGUCCCAACCUAAACGAGUCAAACAGUCAGAAAGUGUGCCUUCAGAAAGCGCAGAUGGUUUCACAUACAUGGGUGAUGCUGUUGUCGUUUACACCGAUGGCGGCUGCACGGGCAACGGCAAGCAUGGCGCCCGAGCCGGCAUCGGAGUGUACUGGGGCCCCAACCACCCACUAAAUGUUGCAGAGCGGCUGGAGGGAAGACAAACUAACCAGCGUGCAGAAUUACAGGCAGCAUGCAAAGCGCUGGAACAAGCCAAAGAGAACAACAUAAAGAAGUUGGUUCUCUACACAGACAGCAAGUUUACGAUCAACGGUGUGACCAGCUGGGUGCACGCCUGGAAGCUGAAUGGCUGGAGGCUGAAAUCUGGAGGUCGGAUCACUAACAAAGAGGACUUUAUGAAGUUGGACAAACUGAAUGCAGAGGUGGAGGUGCUCUGGGUGAAGAGAUAUGACAAAGAAAUAAAAAAACUGUCCAUCUGGAGUUUAAAGCAUCAAACGCUUGUCUUCCUCCAGCUGCAUGUUCCAGGUCACUCUGGCUACAAAGGCAACGAGGAGGCCGACAGACUAUCAAGAGAAGGAGCAGCGAAGCCUUAACAGCACCAGAGCGAAGAGAAGAGAUGAUUCUGAUUGAAGAGAUUUACUGCAGGACUGUUCAUGUGUACUCUGGUUUGUAAGCCAGCUGACUGCUUUGAUUAAGAGGUUUGUUUUUCUUUCAACAGAGAAAACUCAGGAGGGGGUAUCUGUGUGUUUGUCAGUUAUUCUGUAAGAAGUUGAUUUUAAUUUGUGCUGCUGCUCUAAAUAAAGUUUGUGCUUCGGCUA